AUGGAAAAUUAAUUGAAAAUAUUUUAAGAAGAAUUAUAAGAAUUGCUCAUCAAAUCAUAAUUAAACAUGAGAAAGCUCACUAUUAAUAAUAUCUAACUAUCAGAUCUUAUGAAAACUUCUGCUAAUGACUUACAUAUUGCAGUUGAAGAAAAUACAGAUAAGGUUAAUUUGUAAAUUAAACAAUGUAUGUAAAUGCAAGAUGAAUUUUUGUAAAUAGAAGCCCUAUAAAAGAAAGUGUAUAUUAUUUGCAUCUAUUACCUAGGGAAAUAUUUAGAUUAAUAAUUGAAGAAGUGCAGAAAAAGAAAGAACAAGAAUAUUAGAAUUUAUUAAAAAAAUAAUGA